AUGGAGAGUCUGAGUGAGCUGCAGAACCCGCUCCUAGAUAAGACCAGCAGCAGACACAUGGUCCACAACAACCACCAGACUUACCAGGGCGACUACCCGAACCAUCAGUGCCAGGAGAACAUCAUUGGCUACUUCGUCACAGGGAGCAACGGCAAGACUAAGGCCCAGCAGUUUCUGGAUGCCACCUCUCUGCACCUGGCAGUGGAGGCCUUCUAUAGGCCCAACUUAAUCCUGUACAAGGACGAUAUCAGCCUCCAGAGCAAGGACUCUAAGAGUGAGAGCUCUGAGACCACCUUCACAGAGAACAAGGACAGUGUGUUGGGAGUGGAGGGAGCCCCCAUAGAGGACCCUCAGGACAAACUACUGGGAGAGAAGGAUGUGAAGAUCCAAACGGUCUCCUAUGAGGUGGAGGAGGAGGGACAUGAGUAUGAGAGCGACAGCUCCAGUGACACUGAGAGUGAGGACAACUUCAUCAUGCUGCCCCCUCGGGACCACCUGGGCCUGGCCAUCUUCUCCAUGCUCUGCUGCUUCUGGCCCCUAGGGAUCGCUGCCUUCUACUUCUCCCAGAGGACUAGCAAGGCCAUGGCUAAGGGAGACUUCUCUAGGGCAGGCAGUAGCUCCAGAAGAGCCCUGUUCCUCGCUGCUCUCUCCAUCACCAUUGGGGCAGGGAUGUACGUGGGGGUGGUGGUGGCACUUGUAGCCUACCUGUCCAAGUCUAGGGGACACGUAUAG